AUGAAUACUCUAACCGAUGUUCCCUUCACCCCGUUUGCUCCUCUGCCGGUGAUUGCACCGUCAUUUCAGCUGUUUUCACCUUGUCGUUUUCGUUUACCUUUUUGUUCUCAUCCCCAUCUUAUAUCUACCACGUUUCGGCACUCAGCUCGUUGCUGCAUACUCGAAUUAGGCCACUACGUUUUUUCUUGUCCGAAACAUUCGAAUCCCAAUUUAUCUGUGAAUACACCUGAUAAAAUUGUGUUGGAAUCAGUUUAUCUUCAUACCACCCGUUCGCCAAGCCUAAUUCGCCUCCCACUUUUCUCCUCAUUUUCC